CCGCUCGCGAGCUGCCUUCAUUUCUGGAGAAGUGGGGGUUCUUUUCGGCGAGGGCUUUGCAAUUCUUCUCCCCCUCCCCACCCCAUCCCCCCUCGUCCUGCCUUUUGGCUUUCCCCCCCUCUUCUCUCCUUCCCUUCUCCUUCCUCCAGGCAAGCGGGCUCCAGGCUGCGACCUUCUCGGCAAGUCGUCCCAGACCAAACCAGACCCAAAUCUAUUUCGGUUAAGCUGGUGUUCCUCUUUGGGUCGCUUCAGAGGAUGCUGAUUCUUCGCUGCUGGGGCCGCUGAGAGAACUCCGCUUGGAUUUGGGCUGCGUGUGCCCGAAGCUCCGUCUCUCCCACUCCUCCAGUGCACUCUAGACCACCUCCCCGGCUCUCACACCGACGCUUUGGGCUCCCCCGCCUCCUCUGGGGCUCUCUCCCCCUCCCCUUCCCCCCUCCCCUUUGCCCCUGCCCGUAGUCCCAGUGCCGCCGGCGGGGGAGCAGUCUUCCAGGAUGCAGGCUCGGUACUCGGUGUCGGCGGACCCCAAUGCCCUGGGAGUGGUGCCGUACUUGAGCGAACAGAAUUACUACCGGGCGGCGGGUACCUACGGCAGUAUGGCUAGCCCCAUGAGUGUCUACUCAGGCCACCCAGACCAGUACGGGGCUGGCAUGGGCCGCUCCUACGGGCCUUACCACCACCACCAGCCCACGGCGCCCAAGGACCUAGUGAAACCGCCCUAUAGCUACAUAGCUCUCAUUACCAUGGCCAUCCAGAACGCACCAGAGAAGAAGAUUACCCUGAAUGGCAUUUAUCAGUUCAUUAUGGACCGCUUCCCUUUCUAUCGGGAGAACAAACAGGGUUGGCAGAACAGCAUCCGCCACAACCUCUCUCUGAACGAGUGUUUUGUCAAGGUUCCCCGGGACGACAAGAAGCCGGGCAAGGGCAGCUACUGGACCCUGGACCCAGACUCCUACAAUAUGUUCGAAAACGGCAGCUUCUUACGGCGGCGGCGGCGCUUCAAAAAGAAGGACGUGCCCAAGGAGAAGGAGGAGCGGGGGCACCUCAAGGAACCGCCUCCCCAAGCUCCCAAAGGCGCCUCUGCCCACGCAGGAGCCCCCCUUCCUAGCGCCGACACUCCGAAGGAGAUAGAGAAGAAGGUGGUGAUCAAAAGCGAGGCCUCGUCGCCCGACCUGCCAGUCAUUACCAAGGUGGAGACCCUGAGCCCAGAGAGCGGCAGCGCGCUUCGGGACAGCCCCCGCAGCGUGGCCUCCACGCCGUCUGGCUCCACCGAGGGCUCGCUGCCUGACCACCACCCGUCGGGCAACGGGUUGUCUGGCUUCAGCGUGGAGAACAUCAUGACCCUGAGAACUUCGCCCCCGGGCGGGGACCUGAGCCCAGUGUCCGGCAGGACGGGGCUAGUGGUGUCUUCGCUAGCGCUGCCUUAUGGCCAGGCGCCCCCGGCUGCCUACAGCCAGCCCUGUCCCCAGGGCGUGGACACAGGCGGGAGCUACCAAUGCAGCAUGCGGGCCAUGAGCCUGUACACUGGUGGGGAGAGGCCAUCGCCCAUGUGUGGCCCAGCAGUCCUAGAGGAGGCCAUGUCGGACCACCCCAACGGCACCACGUCGCCCCUGAGUACUCUCGGCCUUGCAGCUAGUCAGGAGGGUGCUUUGGCUGGCUCGGGUCAUCACCAUCCCCAGCACCACCCUCACCACGGGCACCCGCAGCCGCCACCGCCACCUCCACCUCCUCAGCAGCCUCCGCCUCAGACCGGCACGGCCCCAGGGCAGGCUGCCUCUUGGUAUCUGAACCACAGCGGCGAACUGAACCACCUUCCCGGUCACACUUUUGCAGCCCAGCAGCAGACUUUCCCCAACGUCCGGGAGAUGUUCAACUCCCAUCGGCUGGGAAUCGAGAGCUCGGCCCUCGGUGAGCACCAGGUGAGCAGCAACACGAGCUGUCAGCUCCCAUACCGAUCCACGCCCUCCAUAUACCGCCACACCACCCCCUAUUCCUAUGACUGCACAAAAUACUGACUCCCCAAACCCUCUCCCCCUGCUCCAGCCCGCCUCGAUGGCUGCCCCUUCAUGCCUAGCCGGGGACUUUUACAAACACUUAAGGCUGCAGAGACGAACAACCUUUGGACAAACUUAUGAGCAGACCCGAGAGCAGAGAACCCUCUGAGACUUGUGCAGGUAACUUAAAAUCGCUGUCCCAGUUUCUGGGAUUCCAGGCCAGCCAAUCCGACUUGCCAAAGAGAAACAACUAACCUAAAUGAACCAAUCUUUAUUAAAAAAAAAAAAAUCAGUCCCCGCCUUUUAAGCAGAAUGGCUACAUUAUGCUCAAUUCUGGGGUCUCAGAAAGUAAAUUACGGACCAAUAUUAUAGCGAUCGUUAUACGACUUUCUCUAUACCCGCACAUUGUGCUGUGUGCGAGUAUAUAGAGCAUACGUGUAUGUAUGUGCUGUGUCCUUUUACGUUCUCUUACUGUGCUGUAAAGUGUGUGGAAUUCUAAUCAGGCUAACUCAGAGCCAUUAAUAUAAUAUUUAAAGUUGAGUUCACUGGAUUUUUUAAAAUGUCCCCCAACAAUUUCUAACUGACCAGUCGAAUACAAGUGAUUUGUACUUUGUUGUUGUGUUGUUGUUCAAUUAUGCAAUAGACUUUCUUUCCACUUCGGGUUCUUCUCAUAGAACGAGGAAAUAAUUUAUUUUUGUUGGUGGAGAAAGAAGUCAAGUAUCUGAUAAUUUUUAUUUACAAAGUGUGAUGUUUUGUAUAGUAGACUCGACCCUGAGCAUUCCUUUAAAAAUUAAUUUUUAAAAAAUUGCUUCACCUCUGUUUGUCUGAUGUGGUCUUGACUGUUGUACUUACUUUAAAAUAAAUCCAUGUUGUUUUCCUGCUCAA